GCGAGAGUCCGGCACAAAUUGCCGCCGUCUGCGAUUGGUCAGCUUCGCGACGCUGACCAAACGCAGAAGGCGGCCAAAUGUAUGGACGAAAGUAUAGGCGACAGAGGCGACGCCGCCGGCCUGCUCCUUGCCCUGGCUUGUGGGGAACUGAAGAAGAGGCAGAAGGCCGGCGUUCGUUCCUUCUGCUGCAAUCGUCGAACUCCCAAACAAUGGACGCGCCCUGUCCCUCCAGCAGCGCGAACCCAACGAGCUCUCGGGCCUCCAGCGACCCGGUGACCCUCCCGAAGCCGCCGUUCCAAGUUCGCACGGUUCUGACAGCUGCGGGAGUUCUGCUGUUCGCCGUCUUGGCGACGGGCAGCGUGGUCUACGCCACUCAAUACGUAGUCAACGCCCAGCUUGCCAAGAACAUGCGGAUGCGCGAAGCACUGCGCGACAUCAUGGGAAGCCACGAGGACGACGUGUACGGCGUGCCCAGGCCCCGGAGCCCUUUCAUCUUCGCCUGCGAGACCGAGCAGUGCAGCCGCGAGGGCAGCCACCUCCGCCGCAACGUGGCCUGGGAUCUGAACCCCUGCCUGGACUUCCACGAGUACGCGUGCAGCGGGGACAGCCAACGCAGGUUCCUGCGCGAGGACGCCGUCGAGCACUUUCUCGGGGAGAUCCGCCAGGUGGUGCGCAAGUGGACGCAGCUCAGGUGGCUGCAGAAGACCAGUCUCCAGGCUAAGGUGACGAGGUACUUCCAAGCCUGCCAGUCUUCUUACGCCGACCCGGAGUACCUGCACCACCAUCUGGACAAGUACCUCGCGUCCGUCGACCAACACAGACAUCCGGAAGCGUGGGCGGCCGAAGUCUCCAAGACUCUGCAGAUCUUUCCCAUCGUGGACAUCGGCGUGUCCACGCUCGAUGACCGCAAGUGCAUCGUGCUUCGAGAGCCGGACGUCUUGGACAGCGACGCCGUGCUCGGGGUGCCCGGCAUCGCGUCCGAGAGCUACAAGGACUUUGUACUGAAACUGAUGAAAGGCAAAGAAGACAGAGUGGACGACAUAAUAAAUCUGGCAUGGGAGCUGAGAACUUUGGUCGGCGCCCCGGACGACCCUCUCAAACCUCUGAAGGAAUUCAAGACGCAGACCGUCGAGGAGCUCCAACAGGAGUACCCCCUGUGGCGCUGGGACCGAUUCCUUUCGGUGUUCUUUCUCGACUCCCUCACGGUCGACGAGAAGACCUGCGUCGUUGUCAGGUCUCCGUCGUACCUCAGGCAUGUUGCAGAGGUCGUGCACCGGGCCAAGCCGGAUACUAUAAAGCCCUACUUCAGUUACGCGGUCCAUUUGCACUUAUGGCCCCACUGGAAACUUGCCGAGAACUCCGAAAUGGCCUGCUCUCUGCUCACGUACCGACUCUUUAAUUACGCUUUUGUGAGCCACUUCAAUCUCACCGAGAGACUCGGCGUGCUUGGCAAAGCAGGCAUAAAAGAAGCCAUCAUCAGGAAUUCGUUCAGACACGCUCUGAGCACAUCAUCCGCGCUGCCCUACGACAUGAAGGAGUCCGUCCUGGACAUGAUGGCCUCUACCAGGAGGUCCUACUUCAAUCCAAUGGACGACGUGGACGCUUACUACGAACCAGCCUACUCUGUGGUCCUGAACCGGAGGAACAUCCUGGCUACUUACAUCGGCAUCAAGCACAGCUUGACGCAGAACUGGCUCGCCAAGGUCGUUGGUUCCGGAGGCCUUGUCCACGACACCAACCUGGAUCUUGUCUGCCAUUACGACCCGGACCGUCGUGUCCUGGCCAUCCCAAUGUCCAUCGCAGAAGUGGACGUGGGCGGCCGUGAGUUCUUCCUGGACUCUUCGACGGUGGGACUCUUGCUGGCCAGGUCCCUCUACAGGAUCUUCCAGGACACUUCGAUGUGGUCACCGGACCUGCAGGCCUACCGGUCCUGUUUUGAAGACCAAUACAACGCCGCGCACGUUUCCAAUGCCAGCGUGAAUGGCGCCCGUAGUCUGCGUUCCAACAUGAUGGACAGCGUUGCCCUGGACGUCCUGCACAAGGCCUUCAGAUCCGCCGUGCAGUUCUACUCGCUACAGACCAAGGGCAGAACGCAACUGCAGGAGGUCCGGCUGCACUUCCCGGACCUGCCCGCUGUGAGCUCAGAGCAGAUAUUCUUCCUGAUGUACGCCCAGUCCUUCUGCGAGCCGCGGGAGGACGUCGGCAGGGUCCUGUCGAAGAGCUGCUGGGCUCCGGCCAAGGUUCGGCUUAAUGUGCCGCUGAGCAACUUCGACCCCUUCGCCGAGGCCUUCUUCUGCGCCUCCGGGUCGCCAAUGAAUCCGAAGUCCAAGUGCCGAGCGCUCUAAAUAAAACACAGAAUAAACCUUGCAUCGACACGC